GAACGCAUGCGCGUCGGUCUGCGCGGGAGCGUUUCGGCAUGGCGUUCCGGCAGGCGCUGAAGCUGGCCGCCUGCGGGCUGGCUGGGGGCUCGGCGGCCGUCCUUUUCUCGGCCGUGGCUGUGGGGAAGCCCCGCGGGGCCGGAGACGCGGGGCCCCGUGCUCCUGAGCCUCCGGGCUGGGCGGUGGGCGUGCAGCCCGGGCCCAGCGUCUGGGACCCCAACUGGGACAGGCGAGAACCACUGUCUCUCAUCAACCUGCGGAAAAGGAACCUGGAAUCUGGAGAAGAAGAGCUGGCGUCCCGACUGGACCACUGCAAAGCCAAGGCCACGCGACACAUCUUCCUCAUCCGGCACUCCCAGUACCAUGUGGAUGGCUCCCGAGAGAAGGACCGGACCCUGACCCCGCUGGGUCGUGAACAAGCUGAACUAACUGGUCUCCGACUCGCAAGCUUGGGGCUGAAGUUUGAUAAAAUUGUACAUUCCUCCAUGACCCGAGCAAUAGAAACAGCAGACAUAAUCAGCAAACACCUGCCAGGCGUCUAUCGAGUCAGCACAGAUCUGCUCAGGGAAGGUGCCCCCAUCGAACCAGACCCGCCCGUGUCCCACUGGAAGCCGGAGGCUGUGCAGUAUUAUGAAGAUGGAGCCCGAAUUGAGGCCGCAUUCCGGAACUACAUCCACCGGGCGGAUGCCAAGCAGGAGGAGGACAGUUACGAGAUCUUCAUCUGCCAUGCUAACGUCAUCCGUUACAUUGUGUGCAGGGCCCUGCAGUUCCCCCCCGAGGGCUGGCUCCGUCUCUCCCUCAACAAUGGCAGCAUCACGCACCUGGUCAUCCGGCCAAGUGGCACCGUGGCCCUGAGGACCCUCGGGGACACAGGGUUCAUGCCCCCCGACAAGAUCACUCGGUCCUGAGAACACAGUCCUGGGCAUCAAGUCACCAGACUAGCCUCUUUUCAGCUCCAAAGUCUGGCUCUGUUCCACACAUCGCCAAGGCCCAUGGAUGUCCUUCCCUCUGUGUCCUGGCACAGGCUGCAUUGCUGUUGCAUUUUAUUUCCCAAGCAAGAAACUGGUUGGAAAGUAGAAACAUCUAAGUUGCUGCAUUUCUGGAAACAUUCAGCCCUGAUAGCUGAUUGUGCAAGGUUUUCUACCUUACUCUGAUCUAAUUGGAUGACCCUAUGGAAGUCAAAUAUUUCUCCAAGAGAAGCUGGGCCCACCGUGGAAGGGCAGCCAGCCCGACGCAGGGCGUCUCUGGGAUAAGCACGUGCAGACCCCCACCGCCCCUGCCAACACAGCCCUGCAGACUGGGGGGUGCUCGGAAUAGUGCAUGUGUGGAAUGCAGGUUUGUGUUCACAACUCCUUUCACUUCAUUCUUUUCACCAAGUCCUUCUGUUAAAGACUUUCCUCAUGUGGGAUCUUGCUUGAAACCCACGGUCUCACACCAAGACUAGAUGGACAGGAACUGACCUGCCUUUCAAGGCCUCUUAAAGUAGGAGAACUGACGAUAAAUUUUAACACUGGCUUCCUGACAAAAAAAUCAUGUUUAAUAAAAGGCGUUUUAAUAUCCCAGAGUUAAUUGUAGUUUGCCUCUGGUGAUUGCUAACCUUUUAUGUUAUGGAUUAAAGUAUUUAGACAUCUAUCCCAAGUAUUGUUAAUUUAGAAAAUAAAUAUAAUUUCUAUGAAGUGUAGUUAUAAACAUUUCUGCAAUCAGUGCAGCUAAUUGGAAUAUUUUAUCCAUUUGUCAACUUUGGAAAUAAUUAUAUAAUAAAAUUUUAUUUUCCUGUU